AUGGGAAUCUCGUUCCACGUAAGUGUUGCGUUUUUAUUGCAGCAAUCGUUGGAAAUAGUGUCCAAGCUGCCUAAUCGGUCGCCUUCACUUCCAGAUACCCUGGACAACAUAUACGCGUCAAACAUUGCUCGUACUCGCUCCAUACUUUGCUCGCUGAUUCCAGAAUUCGAUCAUACGUUCCCCCCGGUCAUUCAUAUUGCUGGGACAAAAGGAAAGGGAUCAACCUGUGCCUUAAUUUGCUCCCUAUUGCAAAAGUAUCUGCCUGUGCGCAGAGUGGCUCUUUACACAUCGCCGCAUUUGAGAUGCAUCACUGAAAGGAUGCAGAUAAACAGAGUGCCGAUAAAAAGACUCAAAUUCGCCUCUCUUGUCGAGUACUUGGUUUGUGAAAAGGGGCUUGACGAUCUUUUUCAGUUCCAGCUGCUGACGAUCAUUGCAUUUCUUUAUUUUUCCACCUGCAAUGUGGACAUUGUUGUGGUUGAGACCGGCAUCGGAGGCUCAUUGGACCCGACAAAUAUCUUCCCCUCGCCUGUUGCCACAAUCAUUACCUCAAUAGGGUGGGAUCAUACCGACUUGCUUGGAGACUCGCUUUCCUCCAUUGCUGCAAAUAAGGCCGGCAUUAUUAAGGUUCGUUCAACAAGGCUCUCAUUAUCAGAAGGGAGUUCCCGUUUUUGUGCCCUCGGACCUGCCAUGCGAGGCAUAUGA